AUGCCAGGCAUCGGCCAAAAAAUCCUCAAGCGUUUUGGGUUAUCACAACCCGCAAGUCAACAGCCUCCGCCUGUACCUCCGCAUCCCCCAGUCUGGGCCGGAGCACCGCCAACAGCAGCACAAGCAUCACCAUGGACGACUGGCCCUGGCAGCUACAGCCCAAACUAUAAUCACAGCUACAACUAUAACAACAUGUACAACAACAGCCUAAUCAUCAACCAAGACGAGCGCGACAUUUCCGACGACAGGCUCAACGGCACCUACAUCCGGCUCGCGCGCCUCAGCGACGGCACAAUCCUCGCGGGCUUCACCUGGCGCGAAGAAGGACGCAUGGACAAGCUCCGAGCGCUCAAAAUCUCCAAAUCCACCGACAAUGGCCAAACCUUCCACGACUUCAGCGAAGUGACGCGCGGACACGCCGAAAUCGACAACGUGCACAUCCUCGAAAUCAGGCCGGGGGGCCAUGUCCUAGCGGCGUUUCGGAACCAUGAUUUUGGAACCAAUCGCGCCGGUGACUUGGACGGGAUACGGCAUUAUCGGCUCACUGUCUUUGAAUCUAGAGAUUCGGGGCUUACGUGGAGGUAUCUGUCGCAGGCGGCGGAGAAGGACCCGCCGUUGGGGAUUUGGGAGCCCUUUAUGCGGAUUGGGGUGCAGGGGGAGGUGCAGCUGGUUUAUUCGCAUGAGUUUGCCCCCGAUGAUCAGCGGACGAUGUUAGUGGUGUCGUAUGAUUUGGGGAAGACGUGGUCUGUGCCGCGCUGCGUGGAGGGCGACAAGGAUAGAUUCCGCGAUGGGAUGACGGGGAUUACGCAGACGGUUGAUAGUGGCGAUGGGCGGAUGGCGCUGGUGAUGGUAUUCGAGACGACGCGCUAUGCGCCGCAUUUCAAUGUUGAGGCUGUCGUUUCGUACGAUGAUGGCGCCACCUGGCAGCAUCGCCAUGAGGUGUAUGUGCCUCCGCGCGGACAUAAUGCUGGUGCGCCGCAGAUUGCGUCGUUUGGGGAUGGGUCGCUGGCGGCGGUCUUCAUGACGGAUGAUGAUGCGGAGAGGGUGAGUUGGAUUCAUAAUGCUGCUGUCAAGGUGUCCUUUGGCACAGGGCCGUGCAAUGGGAGGAUUGUUUGGAGUCCACCGGUCGUCGUGUCGCCGGCUUCGAGCUUUUGGCCCGGCAUUAUGGCGCUGGAUGCGAAUAGGGCUUUGGUCACGUAUGAGCAUGGCGGUCCGAGGGGGAGGACGAUUCUUCGACCGUCGCAGUAG